AUGUUCACGCACGUGAUCGUGAGUGUGAGGCAAGGAUUCGCAGAGGACCCAGCUUGGAUGAAGGCGGCUACGCACGUCAUCAACUUUGAGGAGCUCGUGGCCUACGACAAGGACCAGCCAGAGGAUCCCGCAAAGAUUGGGGCUCUGGCGGUGCUCCGCAAGCUCGCGGACCAUUUAGGUCUUACGUCCCUCACGGAGCACGACCUCCGCUGCGUCGACUAUGACUUGAUGACGCUGCCAAUGCCACGAUACGGCUGCGACCAGACCACGAAGCUUUGGCCUUUCCAUGGUCGGCGGGGUGGGCGUCCAAUCCCGCGCCGGGACCCGCGCAGCGAGUGA